AUGGAACAGCUGCUUUUGCAACUUGACGUGCCGCACUGGCGCGAUGCGCUUGUAUCCUACAAGACGCGGCGAGGUCCCGUAGCGGAUUUCAGAGGAGAGAUCAUGGAACUGCUGAUCCAUCUCACGUUUCCAAAGUUCCUCGCUGACUGUGAGCAGAUCCUGCCCCGGACCAUGCCCGCUCGAGCUCCAGGCAACGUCCAAAAGCUGGUGGUCGAUGAGCAGGAGGAUCUUCACGUCUAUUUCUACUCCAGUUUUGAGGAUUUGGAGGUGAAGAUCAAGGAUUGCCUGGACAAAGGUGCGAAGGCAGCUUAUUUCUGGCCAAGGUUGCAGACGGAUGCUGUCGUAGACAGCGUUUUCAUUGACUUCAAGCGGCAAGUUACGUUUCUCCUGCAGGCCACUGUGGCCAAGACGUGUAGGACUGUUGUCUGGCACCCAGUUCACAAGCUGGUAGGCUUCCUACGUCAAAACAGCAUAGGAGUUGCAGGGCUGUAUUUUGUGACAUCGGAAACCAGUUAUACUCACUUCGGCUACCAGACCUGGAAGAAGGUGAGAGGGGUGCACCAAGAUGAGUUGAUACUGCCCGAUCUUCCUCAGUACAAGGUGAAGUUUAAGAUGCUCGAGAGCGACAUGGAGAACCUGGAAAAGCUGCAGGAGUACAGGGACGGCAUUGAUGAGAUCUUGAAACUAAUGGCGAAAUUCGGCAAUGAUAUGCCAGAGUGCUGUGUCCGGACGACUGACACGGACGUGGAAACUACUCCAACUGCGUGCGUGACGCCUUAUGCGUGGAGUGAUCCGCUGGAAAAGCUUGGAGGGGACGACCGUUUUUUGCAAGGUUCAGACUUAUGUUGAUAAGUUGUUGAUGUACUUUCUCGCUGUUGUGCUGGACAACACAACACAAGCUGGACAAUGCAGUUUAGGAUAAUUAUUUUUUGUCUUUGGGAGCUGGAGUGAUGUCAGUGAUUGCUGUGUCUUCGUAAAAAUAUAAUUAAGAUAAAUUUUAGAGUGUA